AUGGUCCAUGCGUCUUCUACUGAUGAUGAUGAUGAUGAUGAUGAUGAUGAUGAUGGGGGAACCAGUUUGUCAAACUACGAUGAUUAUGUUUUUCCUCAUCUUGCAAACAGUUAUGCAAAUCCCGUAAAAAUUGGACUAUCUUCGAUCGAUCUCAGCGUUGACGAAGAUACAAAAAGCAACGAAGAAGAUAAUGAUGAGAGGAUGAGAGAGGCUACUGAUUCGGCGAUACGGAGAACGUUCAAAGAAGAUGAGAGUCGUCGGAAUGCUUCGUUGGCGGUUCAGACGGCGACGAGAGUAAUGGAGGGUUGGAGUCCAAGAAUUCUAUACUGGACCAAAGCUCCAAACUCUAAAGAUUGA